CUCAUCUGAUCUCAACGCCCAUCAGGUAUCUUAGAACCUGUUCAUGUAGCCCGCUGGUGCUAAUUUUGUGCCGCACUGCUGCACAGAAUUGAUGACUUGCUCACCAACGGAGAUGCAACUGGUCGCGUGAUGCUUCACAGCCACAGUAGUCAACUACUUGAGCCAUUUCGAUACACAAUGAGAUCUUAUCAUUCGAGUCCACCUCAACACUUAUGAUGGAUAAACAGCAUCCACCGUCAAAAGCAGUGGAAGCCGGUCACUUCCGGGUUCCCAACUCAAUAGACGACGGCGUGCCUUCAUACGCAGACCACAUCGCCGAUGACCUCUAUACAGAAGGUAUCCCGAACUAUGGAACCGGACUGCCGUCUCUUCUAGACUCCGAAGACGAAGCUCCAGAAAAUCUGGAUCCAUAUGAUGAACUCCAGCGUGGUCUAGCUCCCCAACAAGAGGAGAUCAUUCCUCCACCCUUCCCAUCUGCCACAUCAUCAGGACCCCUCUCCCUGACUCUCGAUAAAGCGCUCAUUUUCCCGAACACCGUUCCAGCAACGGCACUCUACUCACUAAACUAUACUCUGAAUACAAUGGGCAAUUCCGUCACCCUUUCCCGCUCCGUGCCCGGCGCCAUUCGAAUGGACGGUACAAGCGGGAAGAUUAUGGACAAAGACCUGUACGAUAUCUCUCGCCCACCUCUCUCCUUCCUGGAAUUCCACAUCAAAGGGAAAAGAAAGAGUACCUAUCCCGGAACCGGCAACCUCCAACUAAAAAAUGGCCUGACAGGCAAGUACUGGGAGUGUAAAUUCAAGGAGAAGGUGGUGUUGAAGGGCAAGAAUGGGACAUGGAGUGAUGGGCAAGGGAAACUGGUUGCGAAAGAGGUGCAUGAGGUUGUCGCGAAGAAUGUUAGUAAGAAGGGGAAGGAGGUUGAUAGUGGGGUGAGGGAGAACCCGGGGUUGGCGUUUGAGGGACGGGAGGGGGAGGUGGUGGAUGCGUUGCUGGUAGACUUGAUGGUUGCGGUUUGGUGUGCGAAGACUUGGUAUGCUGAGACAUUUGAGGCGAGGAUGGGGAAGCCUGCGAUGGCUGAGACUCCGCAUCGAAUCACUUUGUCAAGGCAAUAGGCGAAGACUGAGACCUGGGUCAGAAUAUCCUUCCACCUAGGUUUCCUCCACUACAGUCGGUGCUCCUCACCGUGAUUGCAGCGCCCUAUGGGGCAGACCAUACAGCUCGCAGACAGCAGAUAUGGAAAGAGGAUGGGGUGGAUACGAUAGAAUCUCAACCUGCUGCUCUUCCAAUAUAAUCCGUUAUUCAAAGAUAUGUUAGGCAUUGGUAUAUAGCGAUGUGGCAGUCGGCG